AUCUGUGGACUUAGCAAUUACUCUUCUUCAGUCUUUCAAUGCCUUGGUACUUUGGCUUUCAUUGCUAAUGGUUACAGGUUCAGUUAACACAUAUAACCCAGAACAGAAAAUUUAUUCCUGCCCACUAAUUCAGUGCAGUGCUCUUGCAGUCAAUGGCUUACCAGUCAGAGCUGGAAGAGAUGGCCACAAAGGUGAAAAAGGACAAUCAGGAGAAGGAUUUAGAGGUCUACAGAGUUCCCCUGGAAAAGCAGGACCUCCAAGAAUAAAAGGAGAUUUAGGACCACAAGGACAGAAAGGAGAAAAAGGAGUAAAAAAUAUAUCCUUAACUGAUGACCUACAGAGACAAGUAACUGCUUUGGAAAGAAAUGUACAGGUUUUGGAGGCUGAACUAAAUGGAUACAAAAAAAGAUAAGAUUUGAUUUUAAAGAACAUCAAGAGUAUUGGUAAAAAAAUUGUGUCAACUGGAAAAGAAAAUAUUUUGACCAACAGAAAAUCCCUUUGUGCAGAAGCUGGAAAUACACUUGCCUCUCCUAGGACUAAGGCUAAGAAUACAGCUUUAGAAGACUCAAUGAAACCUUCAAAGCAGGCUCAUAUAAGGGUAGCUGCUGUACAGACUGAAGGCAAGUUCAUGAAUCUGAAUGGAGGGGCGGAAACUUACAGAAACUGUAAUUCUGGAGAACCAAAAAAACUAAAAAAUGAAGACUAUGCGGUAAUAUAA